CUGAAGAGGAGAUAAUAAACUGCAGCUCACCAGGAAAUAAACACAGGCUGCUGCUGCUGCGAUCAUCCAGGAAGUAACUGUGGAAGGUGUUCCUGGUUCCACUGAAGCUGGAUGAUGUCAUGGACAGCAGUGUGAGGGAGGAGCCAGCAGAGGCAGCAGGACUAUAAAGAGGCUCUGCUUCACAGUUCACACAUCACACCUGGACUGAACAGCUCCAUCACACUCUGAAACCAGGCUGCCUGCAACUAGACCUGCUCAAGGAAUCAUGGUGAAGCGUGUUGCAGUUGUUCUCUCAGGCUGUGGAGUCUAUGACGGCACAGAGAUCCACGAGGCCUCCGCUGUCCUCGUCCAUCUCAGUCGUGCUGGAGCAAAAGUGCAGAUGUUUGCUCCAGAUGCAGAUCAGAUGCAUGUUGUGAAUCACUGUGAGGGGAAACCUACAGAGGAGAAGAGAAACGUCCUGCAGGAAAGUGCUCGGAUCGCCAGAGGUGACGUCACUGAUCUGGAACAGCUGGAUGUGUCAGCGUUUGAUGCUGCCAUCAUCCCAGGGGGCUUCGGUGUGGCUAAGAACCUGAGUGACUGGGCGGUGAAGAACAAGGACUGCACCAUCCUGCCACAUCUGGAGAAGCUCAUCAGGGAUUUCCACAAAGCUGGGAAGCCGCUGGGCAUGUGCUGCAUCUCCCCCAUCCUGGCUGCUAAAGUCCUGCCUGGCUGUGAGCUCACCGUGGGCCAGGACAAAGAGUGUGAAAAGUGGCCGUAUGCUCAGACAGCAGGUGUUGUGAAGGAGAUGGGCUGCAAACACGUCAACAAAGAUGUGCAGGAAGCUCACGUUGACAUCAAAAACAAGCUGGUCACCACCUGUGCCUUCAUGUGCAACGCUCCCGUUCAUAAAGUCUUUGAUGGAGUUGGCGUCAUGGUUAAAGAAACUCUGAAACUGGCCUAACAAGAGCUUUUUGAUAUAGUAGAUGUUUGUUGUUUUUUACUCUAAAAAGAUUAGUUUUUCUGUCCAAAUAAUAUCAGGUUGGUAUACUUUGGUCUGAUGUCUUUGGGUUUUCAAUAAAGGCUCCUUUUCAAAUUCUAA